AUAAAUUAAUAAAAAUAUACUUUACUUUGCAUCAGACUGUGUUAGAGUUCGAACCAUUAUAAAAACAUUACAACACAAGAAUGAAAAUUUAUAUAAUUUUAGCAUUAGUUGCAUUUACAUCAGCAACAGAAUGGAAACGAAAAACAAUGGAAGAAUGGAGACAAAUUCACAUUACAUGCGAUGAACGUUUCAAUGUAUCUCAACACAUUAUUGAGAAGUCCAAAGAUGAGAAAUAUCCACCCAAAGAGAUGUUCGAAAUAGUUCUUUGUAUCUUGCGUGAUGUAGAAGUUUGGAAUGAUACUGAUGGAUUUUCAGUCGAUAGACUGAUGAUUGCCACUAAUAAAGUUACAACAAAAUACAAUAUCAAUAAACAAAUCUUUCGUGAUUACAUUGAGAGCUGUGCUGAUAAAAAUAUUGAAGGAAGUAAUCCAUUAGAUUGGGCAUAUCGUUGUUUUAAGUGUUUCAAGGAUAAUGAGAAAUUAUUUAAAGUUUUAAAAAAAGCUAAAUUUUAUGAAGAUCAAGAUGAAAAUGUGUAGAUUUGUAGAUGUGAAAAAGAGAAUAGAGUAAAUAAAUAAAUUUUGAAGCACAAUAAUGUCCUUUUACUUGAA